GUGCCUUGAACCUGCUCUUAAAAAGGGUAACUUGGUUGCAGAUAUUACAGUGUCUGCAAUUGCCUGAGCUUUACCUUGUAGUAGGGGAGAAAGGAAUAGUUUAGCAAAAUGUCGGAUCGAUCCCCGUUUGAUGUGGAUGUAAUCACCCUGACCCGGUUCGUCAUGGAGCAGGGCAGGAAAGCGAAAGGCACUGGAGAGCUGACCCAGCUACUCAACUCCAUGCUUACUGCCAUCAAGGCCAUCUCCUCAGCUGUGAGGAAGGCAGGCCUGGCACAUAUGUAAGUUGCUGCUGGAAGUGUGAAUGUCACGGGUGACGAGGUGAAGAAGUUGGACGUUCUUUCUAAUGAUCUGGUCAUCAAUAUGCUGCAGUCAUCUUACAGCACCUGUAUCCUGGUCACUGAAGAAAACAAAGAAGCCAUUGUCAUCCCGCCUGAGAAAAGGGGUAAAUAUAUUGUGUGUUUUGACCCACUUGAUGGCUCCUCCAAUAUAGACUGCUUGGCACCUAUAGGCACAAUUUUUGCAAUCUAUAGAAAGACCACAGAAGACGAACCAUCUGAGAAAGAUGCCCUCCAGCCGGGCAGCAAUAUUGUGGCUGCGGGUUAUGCCCUCUAUGGCAGCGCCACUCUGGUUGCCCUCACCACUGGACAAGGGUUGAACUGCUUCAUGCUGGAUCCGGCAGUGGGAGAAUUUAUUCUGGUGGAGAAAGAUAUGAAAAUAAAGAAGAAAGGAAAGAUUUACAGUCUCAAUGAAGGCUAUGCCAUGUAUUUUGACUCAGCAGUGACUGAAUAUUUGAAGAAAAAGAAAUUUCCUGAGGAUGGAAGUGCACCCUAUAGUUCUAGGUAUGUGGGGUCUAUGGUAGCUGAUAUUCAUCGCACUCUUCUUCAUGGGGGUAUCUUUUUGUAUCCAGCCAAUGAGAAGAGUCCUAAAGGAAAGCUGAGGCUGCUGUAUGAAUGCAACCCUAUCGCCUUCAUCAUAGAGCAGGCAGGUGGAGUAGCCACCACAGGGACGCAGAGGGUACUAGAUGUGCAGCCAGAGUCCAUCCACCAGCGUGUGCCCUUCAUUGUUGGAUCUCCAGAGGACGUGCAGGAGUACCUGACAUGUGUACAGAAGCACCAAAAGAGCAGCUGAUCCCUCCUGUCUCUGUUUACACAGAACACACUGUCCUUGUCCAUGUGGUGCCUGAGGAGUGUGCAUUCAGGGGCCACAAAAAUGUUUCUCCUCAGAAGGAAGUAUGUUUCUGGUGAUUACCCCCUCCUUUUUGCCCAAUCUCUUCCAAUUAUAAGAAAAAGCAAAUAAAGGUGAAUCUUACCAUCAUUACCUUGAUUUAAUUCUUAAAAAAUGUCAAAAUAAUUUUAAUGUCUACAUUUAAGCAAAAUGUUAUCUGCUUAGAAUGGCCAGUUCAUUUUCUUCUAAAUAAAAUACAGAAUAAUUUGUAUUCUGAGGAAGACUGCAUUUGUCACUUUUUUUUUCAUUAAUUAAAAUCUGUACACCA